AUGAAGAUGUCAACCCAACAAGGAGACUCUCUCUCGAGGCGCCCUACGAUCGCUGAAGGCCGUGCAUCCGCUGGAUGGGAAAACAUGGAUCCUUACGUCUUAGUGAUGAUUUUUGAGAAGUGUUAUCCCACCUUCCCUGAGUUGAGGGCUUCUGGAGUGGCUCAGGCUCUUGUGUGUAGAAACUGGCAUGUGGCUUACUUGGAGGCGCUGAGGGGUGCGGUUUAUGGCUAA